AUGAAGAACCCACCCCAGCUUCACUUUGUGCGUCAACUUCGAGGUUCUCAGCAGCAAUGGUUGUUCCCCGCACGACAAUUGAGAGUAAAUGGCGCAUGUCAUGCUCAUCGCUCGUCGAACAGACUCGCCUCCAGCUCCUCCAACGACAAGUUCUCUGCAUACAGAGAUAUGGAUCAUGACUUCAAGCAAGAUUUACCGAGGUGGUCAUCGAGCUCAGGGGGGAAUAGAGGAGGAAGGGGAGAAGAAGGAAGAAGGCAUGGGAGGGAGGGGAGACAAAGUCCAGCGGGCUAUGACAAGGGUAUCGCAAGCUCCGCGCGGAGGGUGCCUCCAGGCGAUCGUGGUCAAGGCGGAGGUCGAGAUGGAGGUCCAGGCUUAGACAGAAGACGCUACCAAGCAUCAAACGCGCACUCGACAGAGCCCGACGAAGGAUACGCUACGUUUCCGAAAUUUCAAAAUCCUCACUCAAGUUCCAGCGAACAACGUGGCACGCCGAGCGGUAGAACUUACCAAAUGGUAUCCACGGUGGAGAUGAUGCUCAGCAGGAGAGACAGGAAUCAACCUGAUCAUUUAAAGCCUAUACAUUAUCGUGGCAAAUUGGCAUCUACCGGCUUGAACCUUCGGCAGAUUAAUUUCAAGAACAAGAGCGCAUACAAAUUGGUGAGUAGUGGUGCUGCGCGUCUUUGCUCUGCCUUCGCCUCCUGUCCGUCCAUGGCACUCUGGAGCAGAUUGAAUAAAACGCCUCCCUUUCUCUCGCUCGUUGCAGUUCGAGCUCGACUCGAAGUUGAACAUUCUUCGCGGUCCGUCAGAAGAACAUCCAGAGAGACAAGUGGUAAUAGAUCUGGGGGCGUAUCCUGGAGGCUGGACAGAAGUGGCGAUCGACACGCUCAGACAACGCGAAGACAGAGCCAGACAGCAUGGCUUGUUGCUUAAAGCCGGAGGUGACGCGUCUACGGCAACGAAGGAGGAAGACGAGCCAUUGGUUUGGUCCAUCGAUAUCAAGUCGGACAUUUUGGAAGCGCUCAAGAAUAGCUCAACCACCAUUGUCCAUGGUGACUUCUUGAGGUGAGGGGGAACGUCGCUCUGACUCAAGUUAUAACGUCACAUGGCUAAGCCCUUGUUUUUGAACCGUGUCAGACAUGAUGUGCAGCUCCUUCUCCAAGAUUCUAUCAGGAGCAAAGUUGGACGGGAAGAGUCCCUUCUGGUAGACAAUCAGAAUUCGAACGCUCCUCAUGCAUCGCCAGUGGCUUCUGAGAACACAGAGCAAUCUCAGAGAUUAGAGCACCCCGGAGAAAAAGUUGACGGUGGUGAUGAUGCAGGAACCAGGCCAUCAGAGGAGCAGAUCAAUAGUGAAGCGAUGUCCCAAGCCCCAUUGCCGAAAUUGUAUCCACUACCGAAGGCGCCGGGCAAAUCGGAACCUCCAUCAGAGGCAGAGAUCAGAAGACUUCAGGAAUCGACUGACAAAUACUUGGAUCCUUCGGGCAAAUCUCAGCGAUUGGCCAAUGUCGUCAUGAGCGACAUGUGUCGUGAGUCGCCUUGUGCUCCAUCGGAGAGCUAGACAGAUAACGAAAGGUCUUUGAUGCUUACUUGUCAAGUUUCGCAACGUUCCUCUUUUCUCUCUUCCUUUCCAUCUUUGUAGCCAGUCUGUGAGUACUAUGUGCAGCGGCACAUAGCGCCAAUGUGUGCGAGUCAUCCACUAACAAGUUGUACUUGCGCCACCUUCGUUCAGCUCUGGCAACAAGGCGCGAGAUGAAGAGGCCAUGCUCAGGCUUCUGACAGCUUCCUUUAGCUUUGCGUAUCGCAACCUCAAGUGGAGCGCCACGGUGGCGCCUAAUAAGAUUUCGCCGACCGGGGAUAAAUCGUUGAAAUCGAGUUUGAAAGAAAGACAGAGAUUGGCAGGGAGCGUCUACGUGGCCAAAUAUUUUCCUGGAAAGACGGCCAACGCAUUUCACAAGUCGAGUAAGUCGAGUCGCUCGUUCGGUCGCAUUCGAAAAGACGACUGACUGUUGUCUUCUCUGUUGGGCUCCACGACAGCUCUGCUGCAUGCGUUCGAGCACAUCAGGUUGGUCAAGUGCAAAGCUUCAAAAGAUACGAGCAUAGAAAUGUUCUUUGUCUGCUUUGGCCUCAAACCUGGCUUUGAGAGGUACUUGCAACAGAUGGAACAGGAGAAUUUGGACUUUUCGAACGACCAGCCAAAUCACGUGGCCCCGACAAUCUCUACGGCAAGGGAGAGAAGGGGCGAAUGCUGA